AUGUUCAGACAUGGACUACUGCGUUGCUUCAAGCCAUGUAGUUUGGUUCGAAGUUCGCAGCUUCACUCUUCGCACUAUACCCCAGGUAUUGCGAGCAGAGUAGUAGCCGCAUCGCGGGUUAAUUUCAGUCAGAAGAGUGUCCUGCGAAGUCCACAAAAGCAGUUCGAAGAGCUUGCAAAAAAUACAGAUUUCUUACAUACGCAGAACAUUCUUUUGCAGAAAAACCAGCAACGUCUCAGCAAGCAGAAAAUGCUUGCAGAAGCCACUAAUUUUUAUGAACGAUCUAAGAUCAAAACGAAGUGGGUCUUGAUCCGUGGAAACCGACCCUUCAGUACCGACGAGAUAAGUACACUCUUUUCAUGGCUAGUCAUAUCGCAGAUUUUGUGGGUCGUCUUAGGCACCACGACGUUUGUGUCCCUUGUUCUGUUCACAUUCAAUACUGUCUUUGCGAAAGAGAUGGUGGGUCAAAUGGUUGGACGUUUGCUCAAUGGAUACAUAGAUGGCGUGGACGUACGAUUUCAAGAUGCGUUGGUACCUGAAUGGAAACGUGGGUGCAUCAGCUUCAAACACGUUCAACUGAAAACGACAAACGAAGACCGGGAGGGUUCAAAAGCCAAAGCAAAAUUGAGUUUCGACCUCACAUUCAAUCAAAUCGAUAUAACGCUAUCGUUCACCAAAUGGUUGCGCGGUCACGGUCUCAUAAACGAUCUGUCUGUUUACGGAAUGAAGGGUGAAGCCUCAGUGGACGAUAGUAAAAACCAUGAAAAACUCAUAACUUGGUUUUCCAAUCCAAGGUAUAGGAUAGGGCGACUCAAGAUUCGAGAUUCCCGCAUUAACGUUCAAGACGAAAGCUUGAAUCAUAACUACCGCCUCUCCAUUUAUAACAUGGACUUGCCCCAGUUCAGAUUCAAAUGGGCUUUGGUAGAUGUUUUCAACGCCAACGUGAUGACAGGUGCUGUCAACCAUUCGCUUUUCACUAUACAUAAGCGACAGCACAAGUUGGCAUACCUUCAAGACUUUGAGCACGAUAUGGCGCCUUGGAAGCGCAUAACGAGACUAAGGUUGGACGAAAUAUCUGUAAAGGAUGUGGGUCUUGACAAAAGCAAAGCUUUCAAUUGGGUGGAGGACGGACAAGUGGAGAUCAUCGCGGAUUUGAUGUUGCCCGACAUUUCAGAUUUUAAAGACAGCAGUGCUGAUUAUGAAAAUAAGUACGUUGUCAUGGAUCUCAAGUUCAAAUUCAAGGAUUUGACAGCACGCAGCCCUUCUGAGGAGCCUAAAUUAGCUAAUGGAGACCUCAUUGCCACUUUAGAAGAACUGAGGCCACUUAUCGCUUUCGUCAACACUCAAAGAGGACUUUUCCACUCUUUCAUGAACAUACAGAAUUCAAAUUCAGCAUGGAACAGCAUGCCCAACGUCUCAAUAAAAAAAAGUAGGUCAUAUCCGGACACGACGGUUAUACCAUCAAAUAUAAAAUGGCCAUCUUUUGAGGACAGUGAAAGACCUAGUCAAGAGAUCAUAAAGUACCACGACCAACCUAACCACAACAACAAUGAGAUUAUUGUCAAAUCCCGGAUUGUAAAGAACAUUGAUGACCUAAGGGAUAUGGCACUUUUCAGGGAAACUGGCAUCUAUGAUACUCUCUGCAUGGAGAUACAUGUUGAUUUGAUGAAAAUGGUUGAAGAGUGGGAACACAAGAAAAAAAGCGAUUGGGUGAAAGUGUGGGGUACCACAGUAGCUUCCCAAUUAAUGAUUCUAGGUCUUGGCGCUAUGGUUUGA